AUGUCCAGAAGAGGAAAAGUUGGCAAAGGUCUUGGUAAAGGAGGUGUCAAGCAUCACCAAAAAGUGCUCCAUGAUAACAUCCAGGGAAUCACCAAACCCACCAUUCGCCAUCUGGCCCACCGUGAUGGAGUGAAGCGUAUCUCCGGUCUGAUCUACAAGGAGACCCAUGGUGUGCUGAAGGUGUUCCUGGAGAACAUGAUGCGUAACGCCAUCCCGUACACCGAGCACACAAAGAGGAAGACUGUGACUGCCAUGCAUGCGGUGUACGUCCUGAAGAGACAGGACCGAACCCUGUAUGGCUUCGGAGGUUAA